AAACACAUCUCGGAAUAGAGGGUGAGGCUACGGCCCACCUUAUAGGUAUGCAUAUAGAUAAUGGUGAUCACCAGCUUGCGAGAACGAAUUCAUAUCAUCGAGCCACAGAUCUAUCAAACGUACGCAUAAUACCAACGAAGUUAUCACCAGUCUCUCGCCAGCACGGCGCGUAAGAGUUGACCUUGAUAAAAUAGUUCGGCCUUGAGUUCAUGCUGCCAGCAUUUUCUGGACGAUCGAUCUUUCUAUCGCCAUCAUUCUACCCUCUCUUCUAUUUCAUCUCAUUCCUCCUCUUUCUCUUCACAAGAUCUCGCUUUCUCCUCCGGAACCCCUAUGGGAGAAGCUGCCACUAUUUCGUUUCUCCCCCCUUCCAAAGGCACGGGCGUGGGGUCUGGAAUUUACCGGAACUCUAGUAACUCUGAUCUUUUUGCUACCCUCCCGGGGAACAUGUUAGCUCCGACGAAGCAGCUCGGCUUGCAUGACACGGCCAGGGUUCAGGUGAUCACAAGUCGAGGCGAACUCCAGCAGCCAAACCACCCAGACUAUAACAAGUAUGUGCUAGAAUGUCUGGCAACCGAAUACCGGCCCACUUCCCGUAAUGUCGACGAUCUUCUCAACGAGAUCGGAAACGAAUUCGACGAUUGCCUGGAUGCCAACACGACUCUAGAUACCAGGAGUUUCAUUCCAAACAACAGACUUUUCGAGAUCCUUACACCCGAAAGAGUGCGAGACAUCGUUCAUAGUUUGGAGUGCUUCCAGGACCUGGAAGACAAAGACGGGUUGGUGCAAGAUAUAUGCGUCGGGUCUCAUCUGAGGUUACUGGCUGUCCUCGUCGGGAUUAGGAAGGUCGACUAUCUCCUGGAACACAUGGACGACGGCAUGUGUGACCUAUGCCUCCCGAUGCCAGUACAGAAGGACCGCAGAGAUGGAAGACUCUACUGCCAGUACCACCGGGAAAGCCACAAAAGUCUUGACAGCUACCCUCGAAUUUCACAUCGCAAAGACUUUUCACAGUGGUCGUACAGCCUGUCCGCCCCAUACAUAACGUAUGACGCGAGGCGGCAUCAGCACUACAGCCUCAGUAUCGACGAUAUCCUUCCCAUGCGGGCCGUGGCGGGGAAGCCGCGCGGCCAAAGCAAAGAAGCAGAGGAAGCGAAUAGCUCCUACGGGGGGUUCAGCCAAGUCUUCAAAGUCGAGUUGGAUAAAAGUCAUUACGACUUUGGGGACGUCGGUAUUCGUCAUCCUGAUGGGUUUUUCGCAUUGAAGAAGCUUCUCUCCCGCAACUAUAGAGACUUCAACUUGGAGCUUGCCUCCCUCUUAUUCUCGAUGGAUAACUGUGAAGGGGAAGGUAGUAAGCAUAUAAUCAACCUAUUGGCGACCUUCGAAGUACAAGACCCAUCGGUUCAACAUUCGACGUACUACUUCCUCUUUGACUGGGCGGAUGGGACGCUCGAUAGUUUCUGGCGAACUGCCGAAUGUCUCGUCGGUGACAGGACUCACUACAAGUGGAUGUCUGAACAAUUCUACGGAAUCUGUCUAGCUCUCCAAUCCGUGCACAACGAACGCGGACAAAGCCCGGGGCCUAUUGGGGGCGACGCCCUCGAGGGGAACUUCGCUGUACGGAGUCAUGGUUUCCAGGAGCUCUAUGGGCGGCACGGCGAUAUCAAGCCGGAUAAUAUCCUUUGGUUUCGCUCGGGCGCGACUAGGGGCGACUUGGGGACGUUGGCGUUGGCGGAUUUCGGGCUGGGAAGGUUGCAUACCCAGGUGUCCCGAUCGAACCGAGACCCGAUGAACAUCCCUCGGACUGCAACCUAUCGAGCGCCCGAGUUCGACGUACCCGGCACCACGAUCUCGCGGGCGUCGGACAUCUUCAGCCUUGGGUGCGUAUUCCUCGAGCAUGUCACCUGGCAUCUGCGAGGCCUCGAGAGCGUGACGGACGGAUUUCCGGACCACAGAAUGGAGACUGACAUUUACGACUUCGAGGCCGACACAUUCUUUUCAGUUCGCGAUCACAAGCCCGUCCGGAAGGAAAGCAUAACGAUGUGGAUCGCAGACCUCCGCAAACAUACGAAUUGCAACGAGUACAUUCGCGAACUACUCGAUGUGAUAGAAUACGGGAUGCUCGAGCCGGAGAGCGCAAAGAGGAUCGGUAUAAAUGCACUCGUGGACAGGAUGGCGGACCUUCGUCGGAUAAAAUGCUAGUCGGAAAGGGAAAGGGGACGGGUUGGGAUGCCAUCGAGGAGUAGGUAGUCAAGGGCUUAUAUAUCUACCCUCUGGAGAUGCACACACGCCUACAUAGCUGUGUGUGCGAGUUUUCAUGAUGCACGUAGGUACUGAACGAGGGCGGAGAGGAACCCCAGAGUCCCACGGGCAUUAGGGGCGGGUAAGACAAGCCACUAAUAGUGAAGAACGCACCCACGUCCCAACCGACCCAAGAAGAUUCUGGCACCUCAGACCUCUGUGAGAAGAAUGCCUCCCCUUCCUUCAGGAGAACCCACACGCUUGUCUUCACUCAGUUGGCGGAUGACGGGCCCGCCUCCCGUGCCUGUGGCUGGGCACGGAGCGCGAAUCGUAGUCUCUAUAUACCUAGGUAUAUAUAGACAUACGAAGGUAAGCCUGUCGCCUAAAAGCUGAUAGAAGAAGCAAUAUACCUAGUAGAAGAAGCCUACGUGGUAUGUAACCAGGUGGGGAGGUGGAUGCAUCUACAUCCCUUGCCGAGGAUAACCCGUGAACAGAAACAAUUUCGCGCGGCAACAUAAAUACCUAGUUACCCCAUGAAUCGCACAUCUAUUAAGAGCAGG